AUUUGUUGCCAAAGAAUUAUAUCUUGAUCUUUACCAUAUAAAAAUAUUUUCUUACUUAAAUGCUUAAUCUAACUUUAGAUUUUGUGAUAUUUACUGGAAAGUAAAAGUCGACUGCUAUUUAUUUUACACAAGCAAUAAAGGCACCCGUCUAUUAAUUCCUUUUCUUUUUUCCUUCUUUCCAUUGGUUGAGAGAGAGAGGAGAGAGAGAGAGAUGGACAGCGUUUUCUCAGUUGAUGACAUAUCUGACGGAUUCUGGUCGCCGCACGCGCCUCCCGUUUUCCUUCACGCCGAUGCUGACGGAGAGCAGCCGACCUCCUCCGCCGCCGCAGGGAUGAAUCGCAGCGCAUCGGAAUGGGCAUUCCAGCGGUUCCUGCAGGAAGCCACCUCACCCGAUCACAACAUCACCACCUUGCCAACCGAUGACGUCGUUAAGAUCAAAGCCAACCAUCACCAUCGAAACGAUAAUCAGCAGCAGCCGCAGCCGGCGGCGGCACCCCAGCUCAAUAUUAGGAUCGAUCCAGAGGAGUAUCAGGCACUCCUGAAAAGCCGCCUCGAGUUGGCUUGUGCCGCCGUCGCUUUGACUCGAGCAACUAAUGGCAAGGCUCUCGAAUCUGAUGCAGCGAUUGCGGCUGAUAUUGGCUCUCAGGUUUCAAAUUCGGCAUCUAGUAAAGCAAAUGGAAGGGACUCAUCAAAGAUACAAGUUGAGGAUUUUAGUGAAACAGUUGGUGUACCAACCGUUCUCUCGAUUUCAACGAAAUCUGUUGCUCAAGUGAGGUCCACAACAAGUGGCUCUUCUGGAGAUCAGUCCGAUGAUGAUGAAGCAGAAACUGAGGCUACUCAGAAUAUGGACCCUGCUGACGCAAAGCGCAUGAGAAGAAUGAUUUCAAAUAGAGAAUCAGCUCGACGCUCAAGAAGGAGGAAGCAGGCACAUAUGUCUGAGCGUGAGACACAGGUCUCUCAAUUAAGAGUUGAAAAUGCAUCCUUGCUCAAGCGCUUUACUGACAUAAACCAAAAGUACAGUGAAUCAGCUGUUGACAAUAGAGUUCUGAAGGCUGAUGUUGAAACCCUGAGAGCUAAGGUGAAAAUGGCGGAAGAAAGUGUGAAAAGAGUAACAGGUUUGAACUCACUAUUCCAUGCUAUGUCUGAAAUAUCCACGACAGGCAUGCAAUCCUUCGCUCGCAGUCCUGAAACAUCAGCAGAUGCUGCUGUGCCAAUACAAGAUCAGCGUUAUUAUCAAUCCCCUUCUAAUAAUCACUUAACUAACCUUAGAAUUCAAAACAAUGAGGUCGAGAUUCUGCCAGCGGAGAAUGUACCACCAAACGCGACUGCAGCCAUUGGGGGUAACAAGAUGGGAAGAAGCGUUCCUAUGCAGAGACUGGGUAACUUGGACCAUAUGCAGAAUCACAGCCGUGAAGGAACAAUUUCCUCUGGUACUCGAGGAGCUCGAGAACAGUAAGGCUUCAUCGAAGAUGGUGACAGUGAUGCUCUCAGCAGAGCUGGCCCUUAGCUAUCUAAGACUUUGUAACAGUGAUGCUCUCAGCAGAGCUGGCCCUUAGCUAUCUAAGACUUUGUUGUUUCUUUGUAUGGAAGAAAACUCAUUCUUGCCUUCAUUUUUUUGUGUGAAAGUUGCCGCUGCAAUUGAUUCAUAAUUCUAAUUAGUUUCUAAAUUCUAAAGUAUAUUUCAUGUA